UGCUCCAGUUUAUAAAGGAUCCCUCAGGCCGAGCUGAAAGCAAACAGUCAUGGCUUCUCUAAGGACUCUGACUCUUCUGGCUUUAGCUGCAGGUUUUUCCUGCAGCCGGGCCUCAGACUGCUCAUACUUUGGUCUCCUGAAUCACCUGAACAUGGAUACGGCGAACACAGCUCUUGGAAUUUUGCGUCCCGUGAAAAACUGGACCACAACCACGCUCGUUCAACUCGACAUGAUUCUGAACGGCAUUUUGGACGUGAAUGAGAAGUUUCAAACCGUCACAAAUCACAUCUGGAUCAAUAUGUUUUGGAUAAAUGAAUUUCUCACCUGGAAUUCCUCAGAGUUUUGUGGGAUGAACAUGUUGACUGUUCCAAGUUCAAUGCUCUGGAUUCCAGAUAUAAUAAUCUACGAGGAUGCCUCUGAUUGCUCGGAUUCUAAACAGGAUCCUCUUGUCACCGUCGAUCCAAACGGGCUGGUCCGUAUGAGAACCCGACUCAUGCUGACCUACAGCUGCAAGUUCAACCUCUACAGAUUCCCUUUUGAUACGCAAACUUGCAACAUCACAUUUUUAUCCUUGAAUUACGAUGACAGCGUUCUGAAACUGGGCUCAGUCACAAACGCCAGCAUCCUGACAGAGGUGUCGGAGCAUGUCAUGCUGACUGAGGGGGAAUGGAAACUCACCAACAUAGAAAGCAUCACUUCUACUGCCACACAGAAAAGUCAGCUGAUUUACAGGGUCUCCCUUCAGAGGAAGCCAUUUCUUUACAUAAUCAAUUUAAUCUUACCCCUGCUGUUCCUGCUGUUCCUGGAUGUGGCCUCUUUCUUCCUCUGUGAAAGCAGCAGUGAGAAGGUCGGCUUCAAAGUGACGAUACUCCUGUCCAUCUUUGUCCUGCUGCUGAUUCUUAAAGACAUUUUACCGUCCACCGAGGAGGCGCUGCCAGUGAUGGCCAUCUACUGCGUUUCAGUUUUCACCCUGGUGUGGAUCAACGUCCUGGAGACCAUGCUGAUGAGCUUCUUGAACGGCCUCUCCUGCUGUGUUGGCGAGGAAGCCAACGCUUCCGAGGUCUUCAAAGUGAAAACGCAGCUGCAGGCGGACAACCCUAAAGAGUCGACAGGAGAUGCAGGAGCAGCUAACCCAGAAGCGAGUAACCCUCCACUGGGUCCACCUGAUGGUGGAGGACUGCUGAAACGGAUCCUGGGCAAAGAGAAAGCGGCUCUAAAACCCUCAGAAAGACAGGAAGAGGACGCAGGAAGGACCGGCUGCCGCUGGCUCAGACUGGUUAAGAUCUUUGAUAAUGUAUUCUUCGUCCUGUAUUUCACUACUGUCGUGAUUUCUCAGGUGUUUAUGUUUAUGCUUUGGAACAUUCCAGACCUUUUGGGCUAACUGCCUGCGUGUCUUCUUCUGUCGCACGAUUUCUGAGAGUUAUUGGCUGAAUCAAUGUAAUUUAUUCAUACUGGUAAAUAGAAGUGAAAUUAAUAGAAGUUAAGACUCACAAUAAAACAUUUCUGCCU